AUGCAGCUCUUUCACCACUUGAUCGUCCUGUUUGUCAGUUUGGCCGUCGCCCAGAACCUCCCCAACAUUCCAGCUUGCGCAGUGUCGUGUCUCGUCACCGCUCUGCAAGGUGAUGGAUGCCCAUCCAUAGCCGAUUUCGCCUGCCACUGCCAGAAACCCGAGCUCGUCCCGAAAGUGACUCCAUGCGUCGCAAAAGCCUGCCCUCUCGCCGAGCAAUCUUCUGUCUCUAGGGUCGUUGUUUCCGCAUGCUCCUCAGCUGGCCAUCCCAUCAGCGUCCCCAACCCAGGAGCCUCAAGUACCCCACAAGCAACCACCACCACAACAGCAACGACAACAAGCACAGGCACAAGGGCAUCACCCACAGGAUCCAUGACCAUCCCCACCGUCUCCACACAUGUAUCUUCUAGCCCUAAGCCCUCGUCUUCGGCCGCUAGCUCUUCCCAUGUCUCCUCGUCCCCAGGAGCAUCCACUCGCACUGGCGGUGCUUCGCCUUCGGGCACAGCUACGACCAGCUCAGCUACCCCGCCUCUCAAGACGAAUGGAGCAGCACAAGUCACGGGGGGCUUUAUCGGUAUGGCUGUCGCUGCCGUGGCUGCGUAUUACCACCUUUGA